CUUUCUACAAAAUCUAUGUAUUCAGUAAAUUAACGGUAUAAAUCAUGUUCUCCAAACCAUAUUUUGGCGCUAUAUUGGAUGGGAGAUGAAAAUAAUGAAGAGCCCGUCGAACGAUAUUGGGCCUUUGGGCUAAAAUAAUCUCUUUGAACUCUAACGAUCCGAUUGCUAGCCCAAUCUUCUGAACGGCCCUAUCGCUGAUGAAUUGAAUGUACCAAAGAGAAAACAACCGUACGUAAUAGCUGCUAAAGACCACGAUUUGACCGCCGCAUCAUUUUCUUCCCGGAGGAGAAAUCGCCAUUGCUAUCCCCUGUUGAAUACUCACCAAGCUCGGAACAAUAGCUGAGGGCCUGAAGCUGAGGAAGAGGGAGAGAACGGAGGGAGGGAACUUGUUCUUCAUUUUCGCUUUGCAGCACCCAGUUUUUGAGCAAACACAAAAUUUAGCGAGAUCGAUACCGUCAUUUUUGGCGUCUCCGGCGCAGGGGAAGCGUAAAAGAUGAUGUCUCCAAAACCAAUCGGCGACGAUCGAGGCUCUGCCAAUUUUAGGCACACUCCCUUGCAGAUAAUACACGUAAUUGGCAACUUUUUGAGAAUAUGGUCGGUCUACUCCAUGUACCGCUAUUUGAUUCAGACUGGAUCAUCUGUGGGUCUUUUCAUAUUUUGCUGUCUUCUUCCAUCAUCAUUGUUGUUUCUGGCUAUGCAAAAACCUUGGAAGGGAAGGCCUCUCUCUAAUCAACAGGUUGUGCCUUCGAUCAUCAAUGGUGUCAUAACAGCUUUGUAUUUCAGCAUGUGGGGAAAGGGCCUCAAGUCAUGUGGGCCAGUGCGAACCAUCUUGGCAGAGUAUGCAGGUGCUGUUCUUGGUGUAUUGUCAGCAGCAUUGUAUGGACAGGGUAAACACUUAUGGAAAAAGGUUGGAGGACUUGUUGCAAUGAUGCUUUCUUUCUACUUGCUAUCUCGAGGGUGGGCCAUGGGCACACAUUCACCUUUUGAUAUCCUUUUCUGCUCAAAGUGUUGUUGAUAUCUACGAGGUUUUUAUUUGUUGUUAGAUUUGGUUCAGUACAAUACUUGACAGUACUUCUCUUAUUAUCAAUUGGGUCACUCCUUUUUAGUAAGGAUUUCCUGCAAGUGUGUCUUGUGAAGAAGUGUAUUGUAGACUUAACUUGAAAUUACGAUCAAAAGAAAACCUUGAUGCAGAAGCUCAUCCAGAAGAAAUCUUGGGUAUGAAAGACAUGAUAGUUCCAAUUAUUGCUGGAAUCUUAUCAGCUUUAAGAAGGGUGAUUGCACGACGUGUUUCACUCAAGAAUCAACUGAAAAGAAGGCUGCAUGCUAUAACCAUCACCUCGGCAACAUGUUUUCUUUUUCCCGUGGCUAUGUGGGACUUCAUCACAGGAUCAACUUCUGAUAGCACAAGUCAACUUCCAUUUUCUGCUUGGGCAUUUGGGAGCUUUAUUCUUUUCGGAGUUAUCUUGGUAUUCUAUGUAGACAGCAUAGCAGAAGAAAGGCUGCAUAUGGUUUUCUCUUCUCCAAGGCACUUAAUGGUGGCUGGAGGUUGUAUGAUCAUCCUAGAGAUUUUCUAUCAGAUGGACUUCUCUCUGCCGGGGUUCUUACUUUGCUGCAUAAUUCUGGGUUUUGGGAUCUACGAGGCAACAGCUUUGGAACGUAGUAAGAAGGGAACUCAACACUUCGAUUCGUCAGAAGAAAUGUUGGACGACAUGAAGUCCCCUCUCCCAACUUGAACAACUGAGCUUCCUGAGUAGUUGUCCGUCUUAGAGAAGAACAACAGAAUCACCCUGAGCAAGCCGCCUUUCAGGGAACUGGAGAUGAAAGAUGUGUUUGCUGCGUCCUGCGGCAGGGGGCAAAUGACCAAGGAAGGAAGGAGCUAGUUUAGAAUCAGAUAUUUUGGCUAACUCAAUUCUGAUAGUUUGCGAAACAGAGUUAAAAACCUGUAUAUAACUCAUGUAAAUCUGAGUUUGAAGAAAGUUAAAAACCCUUGAAAGUAGUUGUACUAUUGGCCCUGAUGUAGUAAAACACCAACUCUGCUGGCUUAUGGAGAUCUAGUUUUACUUGCAUUUACACAUGAAAUUCUAUCAGUUCAGCUUUCAAUUU